ACAUGAAUCCAGGUGCCUCAUCAAAGUCCAGCUAUUGAAAGAGGAGGUAGCAGCCCCUGGGGGAAAAAGGGCUGGGGAGAGGGAGGAGGGGGGAGGCGGCGGAGAAGGAGAAGGAGAGGAUCAGCAAACGCAAGCAGGAAAAGGGGGCGGGGAUGAUCGAGGAGGAGGGGAGGGAGGAGACCGAGGAGGAGGAGAUGAUCACCUCGCUGCAGGAGUAGAAGGGGGAGGAGGAGGAGGAGAAAGGGGAGGAGGAGGAGGAGGAAGAGAAGGGGGAAGCGGGAAGGAAGGGAGGAGGAAGAGAAAGGGGGAGGAGAGGGCCGACAGGAACACCGACUACUGUAGGGGGAGGGAGAGCGAUGGGAGCAGGGAAAGAGAAGUGGGCAAGGAGUGAGAGAUGGCUGCAUAAGGAAGUGCUUACAAGCCACGUCACAACGUUAUGCAUGAACCUGUGUUUGCAUGUGAUUGCUCAUUUUCAUGUGUGUUUCUAUCCCUAUCUCUAUGUCUGUGUACCUGUAACGCUGCAUGUUUGUUUGUGUGUGUCUACCGGGCAGUGGCUUUUGUUUUUUUUUUCCAGUGGUUAUUUGAAUAUAGCUUCAUAGCUUCAAUAUUUUUUUUGCUUUCGACUGACUUUUUCCUUUUUU